AUGAAAGCAAUGGUCCGCGAACUCCAGUCUGACAUGAGAGAAGUCAUUGCUAAAGGAACGAUUGACCCUAUCGCCAUUGCUUCGAAAUAUACUCACAUCUUUGUCAAUAUUCAUCCUUUCAUCGACGGCAAUGGACGUAUGUGUCGUCUGAUCAUCAACUCAAUACUCCUUAAGCUUGGCGGUCUUCUUGUGUGCAUCGGCGAGAAGGAAGAGGACCGCUCCCUUUACAUGGAAGUCGCUAGCAAUGGAGGGGCAUUGGAGGAAUGUAUGGAGAUCUUGAUGACGAAGAGAGACCAGUUAUGCACAGGGAGCUAG